CUCUGGCGAGUUCCUCAGCUGCUGUAUCAGUUUCUAACUCCAAACUCAGUAAAUUUUCAACUCCAUGGCAGAGGAAGGGCCUUGGCCAUCGAACGACGAAAUAACACGGUAGACGCAGCGUAAUUCACCCAACUUUGAGAUAGAUAGAUAGAUCAGUAUAUGCAUAUAUAGUUAUACAUACAGUGUCCGCCUCCUGGGCGUUGCUGUCUGGAUGGAGUUGCCGUGGUGACGCAGGCCCGGAUACAGCGCCUGCGCGGACGCUUCGUCGUUUCAGUAUCUGGGCUCGGACUGUUCUGGAGGUUUUUCAUUUGCUUUUGCUUUUUUUUAACAAAAACGGUGGCGAUCCCGGUAGCGGCCCGACACCUGACGGAGGAAACCGGGUACCUGUGCUGUCAAAACCAUGCAGGGCUACGUGACAUUGACAGUGUAUCUCUACAUACAAAUCAGUGUGUGUAUAAGGACAGUGGAUAGUUUCAUUGAGAAACCUGCCUACAUCAUCCCUGAGUCACCAGUAAUAGCACUCGGCUCACGACUAAGAGCAUCCUGCAUUCUUAAUGAUUCCUUCAUAAAAGAAAAUAAGGUUGAUGCAAAUCAGAUAUUCUGGAAUUUGAAGGGAAUCAGAGUAUCGGAAGACAACUACCACACAGUCAAUAGUACGGUGUCUAAUGUAACGCUGAACAUGUCCAGUGUUGGGAAUGCAUUGCUGACCUGCAAUGUGCAACUCAAUGAGGAUCAAGUAAUUACAGUCUUCGGUAUACAAAUUAAAGUAGGAUUGCCACCAGAAAAGCCAAAAAACUUGUCAUGUAUUACAUAUCAUAGGAAAAAUAUGACUUGCUCCUGGAAUCCAGGAAACAGCACAUACUUGCCAACCACCUACCAGUUUAAAUUAUCAAUUGCACCUGACAAUUUAAAAUCACACCAACUGCCAAAUGAUGUGAACAGCUCUUAUGCGAUUUUGUUUCCAAACAUCCAUUAUUUUGUUUUCAAUACGAUCUGGGUAGAGGUGAAGAAUGACUUGGGUAAUACAACAUCUGAUUCAAUACAACUGGAUCCAGUAGAUGUUAUAAAACCUGAUCCUCCAGUGAUAACUUCAGCACAACAAAUUAAAAACAUGAGCACAGUCUUGUCUGUGAAGUGGGAAAAACCAUCUGUACCAGCUACAUAUAAACUCAAGUACAUCCUGCGAUAUAAAAUUGUUGGCCCUCAGAACUGGAUGCAGGUUCCUCCUGAGGAUACAGACACUCAAAAAGAAUCUUUCUCCAUUCAAGAACUGAAACCUUUCACUGAGUACGCUUUCACAAUUCGCUGCAAGAGAAAUGAUGAGACAGGAUACUGGAGUGACUGGAGUUUGGAGAAAAUUGGAAAAACACCUGAAGCCAAGCCAUUCCGAGGUCCACCCAUUUGGAGAACAGUAGAAAAUCUGGAUUCUUCAAAGAGAAGGAUCUGUAUCAUGUGGAAGGAACUAGAAAAGUCAGAUGCUAAUGGGAUUAUCGUGAAGUACAAAAUGACAAUUAAGAAAAAAAGUUCCACGAACAUCAAAAAGAUUGAAACAAAGAAACUGGAAUAUAAUAUUACCCUUUCUGAUGGGGAGUAUGAAAUCACACUUGGAGCCAGCAACUCAGCUGGUGACUCUCCUAAUGAAAUUUUAAUACUGCCAGCAGUAACAGAAUCAGCAUUUCUGCCCGUACAAAAUGUCAGUACCUACCCUCAAGCUGGUCAGUUGAUGGUGGAGUGGAAGUCGCCUGGCUCUGCAGUGAGUGGCUACGUGAUAGAAUGGUGUGAAGAGUCCAUCAAAGAUUCAUGCUCUGAACCCCUUUACUGGAAAACUGUGAAAAAAGCUGCAAGCAAGGUUUUUUUAAAAGAUAAUAUAAUGCCAUUCAAGCGCUACAAGAUAACUAUCUACCCUAUGUAUAGUGGUCGACCAGGAGCUCCACGUUCAAAACUGGCAUAUCUGCAGCAGGAUCGUCCAGCAAGUGGUCCUUUAGUUCAUCUGAAACAUGUGGGGAAAAAAGAAGUCAAAUUGAUGUGGAGUGAAAUUCCUGUCAAGGAACAACGUGGUUUCAUCACACAUUACACCAUAUUUUAUAGGAGUUGCACUGCAAAUGAAACAAGUCUUAGUAUUGUUGUUGAUGCAAUGUGUCAAGAGCAUGAGCUGACUUCAUUAAAAGGCAAUACUUUGUAUGUGGUCCGUGUCAUGGCAUCAACAGUGAAAGGAGGCACAAAUAGUUCUGAAGUUAACUUCACCACUUUAAGUUAUGCAAAAGGAGAAAUUGAAGCAAUUGUAGUGCCCAUUUGCUUGAGUUUUCUUUUGAUCACUGUGGUGACUAUACUUUUCUGCUUCAACAAAAGACAUCUGAUUAAAAAAUAUAUUUGGCCUAAUGUUCCAGACCCUGCGAACAGUAGGGUUGUCGAAUGGUCACCUAGCACUGGAAACCUCAUUCAGAACAACCUGGGACCAAAGGAACCUAUGAAUCCCGAUGGCGUUAUUUCUGAUGUUACAAUCAUUGAAGCUGAUGUAGAUGAUGAGAAAUAUCUAUCUAAUGAAGAUGAAAUCAAGCAAUUGACAUCCUUAAAGAAGGAGAAGAGUACAUCAGAAGAGCAUAGCAGUGGUAUUGGAGGUUCUUCCUGCAUGUCAUCCCCUCGACAGAGUGUUUCGGAUAGUGAUAGUGAGUCAGUGCAGAAUACUACAAGCACAGUCCAGUAUUCAACUGUAUUAGUGAGCAGCCCUGGUUACAGGUGUCAGCAGCCAUCAGCACAGGCUUUUGCAAGAUCCGAAUCGACACAGCCUUUGUUAGAAAAUGAAGAAAAGCCUGACGAACAUGCAUAUGGAAAUUUUGGGACCUGCAGUUUGGGAGUAAAAAGACAGUAUUUUAAACAGCACACCAGCAUUGAGGAGACAAAUUUGAAUAAGCCACAUCCAAAUGAAGCUGAAAGACUGGAUGAUACAAAUGAAGACAACUCAUUCAGACUAAAUCAAAUGGAAGUUUCAGAUCAGAAUUCACACUUGGAGGGAUUCUGUCCAACAGUGGACACAUUCCAAAGCAGUAAUAAUCAGACUGUGGUCAAACUGGAGUUUUUGGGAUUUAGACCUGGUCUGGAGACUGAUCAGCAAAGUUAUAUGCCUCAGGCUGUGAAACAUAACAGUUAUAUGCCUCAAUCAAAAUAGAAAUGUACCUUUUUUCCUGGUAUUCAUAAUGAAGCAGCUGUUAUUCACAGGCUACUUGUCAAAGUUAUAAACUACAAUUUACAGUUUGCAACUGUCUUAAGUUGGCCUAAAGAAGCACUUGGAAUUUGAGCAUCUGUGGUAACACCAUAAUUUCCUCAAUUUUAUCAAAAUACUGCUGUGAAUGUUUUGUUUGAAAAAUUGCUGAUAGCAACAGUUUUUGAGAAUGAUUUACAUUAUUAUCUAUCUUUUAAAUCCACUCAUGUUAAACUUGUGCAUAGAAGUAAAGCAAAAUCAUUCCUGUACUUAGAGAGCUAUAUGGCAAAGGGUAACCGACAGCUGACUGAUUUUAUGCCUGUAUAGGACAGGGGCAGGAGAUGCAUAAAUUACUCUAAUGUAGGCUUUUUUAAAAAAAUGCAUACCAUUGUUGGAUUUGUUUUGAUUGUGUUAUUUCAGGAUUAGUUUAGUAAAGUUAGUUUUUUUAAAUCCCCUGACUGUUAAUAUUUUGCUAGCACAUUCUCAAUAUCAUAUGCAAGUAUUUGACUUUGACGUUUUUAAUUUUAUAAUUAUAACUAUUAUGAAGUCACUAUGUUGACUUCCUUUAAAUGAGAGAGCUGCAAUGUUUAGUGAGUUCAUAAUUCCUAAUUCUGCCAAAUCUGACUCCAAAUAAAUAAUCUAUCGAACAGUUUUGCAACAUUUUUUAAAGAAGCAACAACUUGACUAAGAUCACAAAAUGAAUCUAAUUGCUCCUGUUGUAAAUAGGCUCAGUAAUUGUGACUAUGAUGUACCUAGCUUGAUAUCCAAUUCCCUUAACUGUACUUAAGAGCUUGUUAUAAUUUUAGUAGUUUAUUUGAAAAAUAAUACUCAGUAAAAAUAGCUCGUAUCAGUCCAGAUGUUAUCACCUUUCAAUUCUAGAGGGGGGGGGGGGAAAGCACUACAACUUUUUUGACAAAUCAUUAAGCAGGUGAUAUGGGGACAAUAUUAAAUUUACACUACUGCAGUUGUAUAUCUUAAACCUAUUUUUCUAAUUUGUACAGUGUUAAAAAUAUCUGUCUCAUUUUAUUUGGGAUGGUUGCUGAAAGAUAAUAGGUUCUACAUAAAUCUUACAAAUAUGUAAAAUGUGAAGCAUUACGCUGGAGCGGUGAGCUUUUUUGUUCAGUGGAAUGUAGUAUUCUGAGUUCUCCUAAAUCAGGAUGUGGCAGCAUUUUGAAAUCUCUUGCUUCUCUAUUUGCGGAAUUUGUAAUGGCAAAAUCAUUACCUAUACAUAUCGUAUAAAUAUCUUGGAUGCAAUAUGGGAUGCUGCUGAAAAUUUAAUACUGAAGUUUGAAUGUAGAUUUAUCAUACAAGUUUUAAAGGAUGUACGCCACUUAAAUAUACAGUGUAAUCAGUAUUAUAACACAUCAGUAGGUGGUAGUGUGGUAGGUAAGUUUACUUGAAGAUUGAGGGACAAGAUACACAUGCAUUUGGAAAGACAGGGUUUGAUUUAGGAGUAGCCAGCAUGGCUUUGUGCAUGGGAGGUCAUGAUUCAAAUUUGUUAGAGUCCUUUGAGACUAGCAAGAUUGAGAGCAGGGUGGUAGACUUCGUCUAAAUGGAUUUCACUAAGGCCUUUGAUAAGGUUUCACAUGGUACGUGGUUCUGGAAUCCGGGUACACUUGGCAAAUCCGAUACACAAUUGGCUUGAUGGUAGGGAGCAGACAGUAAUAGUGGAAGGAUGCUUGUCUGACUGAAGGCCUGUGACAAGUGGUGUGCCUCAGGGAUCGGUGCUGAGCCUGUUGUUGUUUGUUAUCCAUUUCAAUGAUUUGGAUGAGAAUGUACAUGGUAUGAUUAGUAAGUUUGCAGAUGACACUAAAUUGGCAGUAUCGUGGACAACGAGGAACGUUAUCAGAAACUGCAGCAGGAUCUUGAUCAGCUGGGGACGUUGACCAAGAAAUGGCAAAUGGAGCUUAAUAUACAUCAGUGAGGUGUUGCAUCUUGGAAAGUCAAAUCAAGGGAGGAGUUUCAUGGUGAAUGGUAAGGCCUUAAGGAGUGUAGUGGAACAGAGGCAACUUGGAGUUCAAGUGCAUUGUUCUCAAAGUGGAGUCACAGUAGACAGGGCAGUGAAGAAGGCUUUUGGCACACUGGCCUUCACCAGUCAGGGCACUGAGCAUAGAAGUUGGGAAGUAAUGUUGCAGUUGUACAGAACAUUGAGGCUGCACUUGAGUAUUGUGUUCAGUUUCGGUACCUUCCUAUAGGAAGGAUAUUAUUAAAUUGGAAAGAGUGUAGAAGAAAUUUACAAGGAUGUUGCCAGGACUCAAGGGACUGCAGUAAUAGUGAGAGGCUGGACAAGUUAGACCUGUUUUCUUUAGCGCGUAGGAUACUGAGGGGGGAAUCUCAAAAGUGUAUAAGAUCAUGAGAGGCUUGGAUAGGAUGAAUGCACUCUUUUUCCCAAGGUUGGGGAAUCGAGGAUGAGAGGGCAUCGGUUUAAUGUAAGAGGGGAAAAAAUACAUGGGAACUUGAGGGACAACUUUUUUUACAUAGAGGUUGGUACGCAUAUGGAAUGAGCUACCAGGAGAGGUAGUUGACAUGGGUACAUUUAACAAUAUUUAAAAGGCAUUUGGACAAAUACAUAGGAAAGGUUUAGAAGGAUAUGGGCAAAGGGCAGGGAAUUGGGGUUAGUGUGGAUGGACAUUUUUGGUUGGCAUGGACCAGUUUGAGCCAAAGGGCCUGUAUCCAUGCUGUAGGACUCUAUGACUCUUACAAUGGUCUGAACAAUUCUAGGCUAUUUAUCUUUUUCUCUCAGUGUAGACUAUAUUUAGUCACAUUCCCUGCUGCACUAGCACUGUAAAACAUCUGCUUCAAGCCAAAGAUUUUCAAUUAUGAGCUUUGUUAAUAUUUUAUUCACUGCGUAUAUGUGUGAUAGUUAUACGCUGAGAAAUUGAUACAUUAUAAAAUUUAAAAUAAUUAUAAUUCACCAUUAAUGCCCUGCACAACAUUGUUCAAGAUUUAUAUAAAAAUUAACCCAGUUAUUCAUUUCUGCUCUGUUGUCAUGAUUAGAACGCUUUCUACUGUUGAAGGCUUUCUUGUUUAAUGCUAUUUUUCCUUGUCUGUUUUCCAAUAGCACAAGAUCAACUUUAAGAUGGUCUCUGAUCCAAAACAUUAAUAUGUUAAUGACAUUUUGAAUCCCAGGCAGUGUUGUAAUCAAUAUUUCAUCAAGCCUAGUUGUAGUUGUGAUGUUUAAGGUGAGAAUUUUUUUUAGAAUUGCGUUUAUCAUAAUAGUGGCAUAUAGUCAAAUUUUAAUCUUUCUGGUAUUUUAAACCACACAUUGUGUUAAUUCUAUGCAAAAAAAAAUCACUGGACAACAAAAGCCGUGGUUAGUAAUGGCAAAUUUGAACUUUCUUCGUACGGUUGGAAUGCAAAAUGAAGAAGCUGCUUUCUCAAGUUUUCCUGUGAUUCCUCUACUCCAUCAAUCACUUUUUUAUUGCAUACAUAGUUCUUGCCUGCAAAAAUCUAAACCUGAAAUUGCUUCAUAGAUCUGAUUAUUAGUCCAUUAACUUGAAAGAUGUGUAGUCUUAGGUGAGAUUUUUGGUUGAGAUUGUGUUACAUGCUAUAUUGUAGAGGAUUGCCUAUUCCACACAUUUUGCCACCAAGAAAUGGUCAAAUACUUCAUCAAAUGUUUAUGUUUAAAGCUCAUCAUACACUGGAAUAUUAUAUUGAUACACAUAUAUAAAUAAAUUUCUUUUAAUUCUUUGAAACCCGAUUUUUUUUUUUUUUUUUUUAAAUGGGUAAAGUGGUUCUGUUUAUUUCUUGAGGCUACAAUAUGCAGUCAGUUUCUGAAGGGCUUGUACUCUAACAUAAAGCAUGCUUAAUAUGAUAAAUGCUAUUUUGGGGAUGAUGUACAUGUACUAUUUUAUUGACUGUUGCUUUUCAAGAAUUUUGUGGCCUAGGAUGAGUAUAUGAUGUAUAUAAAUAUGCAGGUAGCUAAAUGUUGCAAUUGUCUUAAAUAUAUUAGUCAAUAAAUCAUAGCUAUCAAAUUGACUUUUCAGCUUUAAGGAAUGAAGUCAAUUUAAUCAUC